AUCCCACCCCCAAAACCCCAAAAUGCCACCCCCCUCCCCCCUCCCAUCCCUCUUCCUCGCCGAAGCCCUCCUCAAAGUCGCCGGCGGCGCCUACUUCCUGCUCUCCCCAACCACAAUCCUAACCCUCACCUCCACACCCCCCUUCCCAGCCUCCGCGCGUAUGCUGAUCCAGCAUCUCGGAUCCCAGACGCUGGCGUUCAGCGUCCCGCUUUUCCUGGCGGCGAGGAGCACGCCGCGGGCGGUGGCGAGUCGCAGGAUUGUGUAUUGGGCUGUUCUUGCGCGAGAAGGGUUUUUGAUGGGGACGCUGUUGUGGCAGAUUUGGGGGUUUGACGGGGGGAGGGAGGGAGAGUUUACGAGGGAGGGGCUGUGGAGGUGGGUGGCGGAGCUGGCGCCGUUUGUGGUGGGGAGGGUGUGGGUGCUUGGGUGGAGGGGGGAGUGGUUUGAGUAGAAAGGUUCAUUAGUGCGUUGAGAGGUUGGGAUGUAGGGGAGGAGAUUCGAAUAUAUGGCAGGGUAUACACGGAGACUUUUGAUGAAGUGAGUGCAGAUUUUUAAGAUAGAAAAAGGAACUUGGAUGACUACAUCGAGAUACUGUACGAAUAAACGAGUAGCUCUAACGAACGCACUUAAAAGCUAGUCCGACGGCCUUCCGGAUCCUCGCCUUGAGG